UUGAUCAGUGGAGGAUCCAUCGUCAGCGCUGAGGCAGUAUGGGAUCAUGUCACCAUGGCCGACAGGGAGUUGGCAUUUAAGGCGGGGGAUGUAAUCAAGGUCCUCGAUGCAUCAAAUAAGGACUGGUGGUGGGGACAGAUUGACGAUGAAGAAGGAUGGUUCCCAGCCAGCUUUGUGAGGGUGAGUGGAGCCAUCAACGAUUUUCUCAUUCUCUGCUGCACCGUGUCUUGCCUCUCAACCAGUACACAAGGGUUCACCACAUAUGCACAAUGGUGUGAUGGAUUAUCAGUGUUGGGGAGUAGUAAACAACUACAUUUUGCAGUAGCUUGGUGGUAGUUGAACUAAAUUCAAAUCAAGGUAGUGUUUUCAGGAGUUAAUAACUUUUUUUGCCAUGUAGCGGUGUAGCUAACUACUGGAACUACACACUACAUUUUUUUUGCAAAAAUAAAAGAAGGGUAAAUUAGGCAAUAAUUUCCUUUCUUUUUUUCGGCAUCAGACCUGCCUAAUUCUAACUUCAAACAUAAUUUUUGUGAUAAUAGGCUAAAUAACACAUUAUGUUAACAUAUGACCCCAAAGUGAUCUAUUCUUGCAAUUAGUAGAAAUUUCAGAUCUAUAUAAUAAUCUUUCACGAAGUAGUUUGGAUGAAGUGAACUACUUUUUCAAAGUAACUUUAGUUAAGUAAACUAUUUUUUCUUCAGGGUAGCUUUAGUGUAGCUUACCUUCUUCCAGUGUGAAGUAAUUGGUAGCUUGGUAAACAAUAUUUUCAGAGUAGCUUCCCCAUUACUAAUUUGCCAUUGCCUUAUCAUUGAUAAUUGUUGAUCGACUGCCCCGUUUUGAAGGCAGAUAUUUUAGGCUUUGAUGAUGAUGAUAUUUUGAGAUUGAUAAAAAUAUUAUUAUGCCAUGGUAAUCUCACAGGAACUGAACAUAUUUACUCUCCAAAUGAAAUACUGUGAAAACAAGAAGAAGAAAAGUGAGAAGUUAAUACUUUGGGGGGUUAUCACUACUAACCUUCUCAAUCUGCUAACUGUAAAAAUGAGUCUGAACAAGGUAUGUCAUGUUUUUCUCUCCAAAGGUUGAACCCCACCUACCACAACCUCAAACAAAACAGGUUUUCUAUAUCAACCCUAUAGCAGCUCCAAGGUUCCAAAACACAACUACCAAGGUGCGUUUAAUAGUUUCAGCAAGUAUUUAACUAGCAUCUCACUGCACAUUGAACCACCCCAUAUCUAACAUCUUGUCGCUUUGAUACUACUGAUCCAUUUGCAGACAACACCAUGCUUCAAGUGUCAAGCUUUUAAUGGCAUUAAGGUUCAACUAUGGUAUCUCAAACAAAUAUAAAGAAUAGUUAUUCUUAAUUCUUAAUUGAUAAAGUGCUUCCAUCAGAAUCUAAACAAACAAUAGAAAUGUGUUAAUUAUCAACUUGGGAAAGGUGUAGGAAACCUUUUCCAAAUUGGCCUUGAAAGUGAGUGGUGGCCUCUGCCUUGCUCUCCACUCUCUCUCACACAUUCUAUUUCUCUCAUUCUUCUUUCACUCUUUUUCUCACUAUCUGCUCUCUCACUAAACUGAAAAGUGAGUACUGAGGCACUGAUUAAUCGCAGAUCUGAAUGAUGAAACAUGUAUGACCACCCUUUUAGCAGAGGACAGGGCAUAUCAAACAGGUGGAUAAAAAGAGCAAGGAUUGAUGAGUGACUCAAAUAAAAGCUAUUUAAUGGUUAUUUUAUGUAACUGGAUUUGUUGGCAUGUUGAAAGUUAUUUUCAGUACAUUUUCUAAAAUCUUAAUAGUAUUUCUGGAUUCUUGUGCCCAUCCUAUGAAUUUAUCAUAUAGUCUUUGUCCACUGGUUAAUGGAAACAGAAAGAGUUGGCCCUAAAUAGACACCCGUGGACAAUGUACUCAGGCUGAGAUAAACCAUGUACACAGAGUACCAUCAAGCACUGAGACAGACCCAGUGCCAGGAUCUGAAAUCUGUAGCCUAUCUCUGCUGCGCUGUAUCAGCGCAAUGAACAGCACCCUAAAGCUAGUCCGUUUUGGUAAUGAAUAGAGGCUACAAGAUAGAGCAAUUCACCUAUUCAAACAGCAUAUGUGAAUGCAGCCAUACUCACAGCUGUCUUACCAAAAUAAUGCAAACUAAAUGAUGAAAGUAGUAGCCUAGUUAUUCAUGCAUGCAAACAAAAAUACUGAAUAGCACACUCUUAGAAAAAAGGGUUACAAAAGGGUUCUUCGGCUGUCCCCAUAGGAGAACGCUUUGAGGAACCCUUUUUGGUUCCAGGUAGAACCCUUUUUGGUUCCAGAUAGAACCCUUUUGGGGUCCAAGUAGAACCCUCUGUGGAAAGGGUUCUACAUGGAACCCAAAAUAGUUCUACCUGGAACCAAAAGAGUUCUACCCAGGACCAAAAAAUGGUCUUCACAGGGUUCUCCUAUGGGGAUAGCCGAAGAACCCAUUUAGGUUCUAGAUAGCACAGUUUUUUCUAAGUGUGCAGUUUGUCUUAGAAUACCGACACAACUGCGAAUGCGAAUAAAUGUGAACAGAACAAAACAGCGGUACCAAGUAGUAGGCCUAGUAAACAAAAUAUCAGAUUGAUAAAGGCAUGGCACAAUCUAUAUUUAGGCUAGUUACAUUAAAGUAAACAAAAGGCGAAUGGAGAUCCAAAUAACCAAAACAUAAAUAACCAAAACAUACAGCAGCCUACAGCCUACUACAGUGAGAUGCAGCCAUGCACAGCUGUCUUGCCAAAUAAAUAGGCCUAUACAGGCCCGCUUCAAACAUGGAAAAUCAUGGCACUCGCUCAUGAGUUCAGCAACACGUUGUAAUAUGGCACAAUACACUUCUGUGAAUCAAAUUUGACCCACGUAAUCAUUUAAGCAAUGCCAGCCUACCAUAAACACGUUUCCAAUACGUACAGUUCCAUUUACAACAACACAAACCAAUAGGCUACCAAGAAAACCAUAAUAGAAUGUAGCUUAAAAAAGUAACGUCCCUUUUUCAGGACCCUGUCUUUCAAAGAUAAUUCGUAAAAAUCCAAAUAACUUCACAGAUCUUCAUUGUAAAGGCUUUAAACACUGUUUCCCAUACUUGUUCAAUGAACCAUAAACAAUUAAUGAACAUGCACCUGUGGAACGGUCGUUAAGACACUAACAGCUAACAGACGGUAGGCAAUUAAGGUCACAGUUAUGAAAACUUAGGACACUAAAGAGGCCUUUCUACUGACUCUGAAAAACACCAAAAGAAAGAUGCCCAGGGUCCCUGCUCAUCUGUGUGAAUGUGCCUUAGGCAUGCUGCAAGGAGGCAUGAGGACUGCAGAUGUGGCCAGGGCAAUAAAUUGCAAUGUCUGUACUGUGAGACGCCUAAGACAGCGCUACAGGGAGACAGGACGGACAGCUGAUCGUCCUCGCAAUGGCAGACCACGUGAUGUUUCGGUACAUCCGAAACAUCACACUUGUGGGACCGGUACAGGAUGGCAACAACAACUGCCCGAGUUACACCAGGAACGCACAAUCCCUCCAUCAGUGCUCAGACUGUCCGCAAUAGGCUGAGAGAGGCUGGACUGAGGGCUUGUAGGCCUGUUGUAAGGCAGGUCCUCACCAGACAUCACCGGCAACAACGUCGCCUAUGGGCACAAACACACCGUCGCUGGACCAGACAGGACUGGCAAAAAGUGCUCUUCACUGACGAGUCGCGGUUUUGUCUCACCAGGGGUGAUGGUCGGAUUCGUGUUUAUCGUCAAAGGAAUGAGGGUAGCACCGAGGCCUGUACUCUGGAGCGGGAUCGAUUUGGAGGUGGAGGGUCCAUCAUGGUCUGGGGCAGUGUGUCACAGCAUCAUCGGACUGAGCUUGUUGUCAUUGCAGGCAAUCUCAACGCUGUGCUUUACAGGGAAGACAUCCUCCUCCCUCAUGUGGUACCCUUCCUGCAGGCUCAUCCUGACAUGACUCUCCAGCAUGACAAUGCCACUAGUCAUACUGCUCGUUCUGUGCGUGGUUUCCUGCAAGACAGGAAUGUCAGUGUUCUGCCAUGGCCAGCGAAGAGCCCGGAUCUCAAUCCCAUUGAGCACGUCUGGGACCUGUUGGAUCGGAGGGUGAGGGCUAGGGCCAUUCCCCCCAGAAAUGUCCGGGAACUUGCAGGUGCCUUGGUGGAAGAGUGGGGUAACAUCUCACAGCAAGAACUGGCAAAUCUGGUGCAGUCCAUGAGGAGGAGAUGCACUGCAGUACUUAAUGCAGUUGGUGCCAGAGCGUGCGAUUUCAGUCUGCAAAAACUGGCGAGCAACACUAAACUCAGCUUCCACCAAAUCUGUUUUGCUUAGAUCCAGCAGUUGUUUUACCUUUUUCACAUCUAGAAAGUCAUGGCUCUCUGGGUCAAGGACACACAGGGCCUCCACCAGUUGGCUGAUGCGUUCGCAAAAUCGUUCUGACAUUUCUGACACGUGCUGAAGAACAGUCUCUUCUCCUAUAGUUCUCCUGGCCUACUGUACUGUCCACCAGAUUUUGCUGGAGAUUUGUACUUUCCUAACUUCGUCGUUUGCUUGGAGCUGGUGGUGGUGCAUCAAAUCCUUUGGUACUAUCAGUAGCAUUCUUCCAGUUAGAAUACCCAGCUUGGGUGAAGGCCUUGUCUGUGUUUGUUAUGGCGAGGUCUUGUGUUUGUAACAUAUAUUGGCAUAUGCCAGAGGUGCUUUAUACCCAUCUUCUUUAUGUGCAGCCUCUCAAAGUAUGGUUUGCUACCCAAAUAGUGGUGAAGGACAAAACAGCACAACCAAUAACUAACUUACAGUAGCUGUUCUCAUGGGGUUAAUGACCACCAUCAAAGUUAAGCAACUACCUCAUAUUUGCAAACAAACAGUCAGAUAUGUCGGGAUGAUUGAGCAAAACUCUCUGGAGUAAAUGUUUCAGCCUCAUCUUUUUUUAAUUUGACAGAAUCUACAGACUGAUCACACCUCAUUUAAUGUGUUGAUUCUCUUUGUGUGAAAGAAAAUAAUAAGAUAAUUCUAUGGGAACAUAGUACCCUCAUAUCCUAGAGGGCAAUGUGCCCAUUAACAACACAGUUGCAUCAUGGCUGGCUUUGAAAUUUGUAUUCUCCUGAAAAACAUCAUGAUUAAGUAGAUUUGCAUUAGGAGUCAGCUACCUACCCCGUGUUCUCUGGCAAGGAUGCUAAAAUUAGUUCCCUUUGAGGAUUACACAAAGUGACAGCUCAUUCCUUGAGAUGCCUUCAAGCAACCGAUGCGCGAAUGCGCUCACAACUCCUGCAACUCCUUCAACUAGGAGGUAUCAGAUUGUAAUCUAACAGUGAAUACUGCGUAGAAGGACAUCAUAUUAAUUGUUUCAUGGUUUUAUCGCUUUUGUAAUGCAAUGUUAUUUCUUAUCUGUGUGUGUGUUAACCAACACCUAAUCCGUGUCCAACAGAUCCACCUUCAGUCUGUAAUAUCAUAAUAUGACAAUUAAAAAGGAAAGGUGGAAUUCCAUAUCACUCUCAGUUUAAUAACCACAGCAACACCACAGAAAGGUUUUGCUUUGUUCUACUAGACAUAGUCACAGCACUUUAUGAAUAACAAAAACUUUUUGACAAGUUGGGUGUUUCACUGUGAGGGUUCUUCACAGGGAUGGGUAACUUUGAGGGGCCACCAAAAAUCUGAACUCAUCAUGAGGGGCCACAGUGGCUCGCGGGUCUGCAUACCCACAUCCAUACCCACACAUGCAGUCAAAGCCGGCCUUAAUCUUUUGGAGGCCCUAAGCAAAUGUUUUUGGUAAUUUGGUAAUUCGACCAUGAUUACUACAUGUUUAGAUAGCUGGCCGCUACACUAAUUUACCGAUCUAAAUAAAAAAAAUGCUGACAUAGGCUAAUGGAGUGACUGUCAGUGACUCAGAUAACAAGAGACAAACUGCUGAUGCACAACCACAUUUCGAAAUUGCACCUUGUGUAUUCUACUAUUGAUCCGCGGGACACGACCAGUUGCCAUCCCUGCUCUAUUGAGUCCUGAUAUUUGUGUUUGAUGUGAAUAUAUGCAAACUGUUAAUUUACAGAACUACAGUGCCUUCUGAAAGUAUUCAUACCCCUUGACUUAUUCCACAUUUUGUUGUGUUACAGCCUGAAUUCAAAAUUGAUUAAAUAUAUUUUUUUCUCACCCAUCUACACACAAUACCUCAUAAUGACAAAGUGAAAACAUGCUUUUAGAUUUUUUUUUCAAAUAUAUUGAAAAUGAAAUACAGAAAUAUUUCAUUUAUAUACAGUGAGGGAAAAAAGUAUUUGAUCCCCUGCUGAUUUUGUACGUUUGCCCACUGACAAAGAAAUGAUCAGUCUAUAAUUUUAAUGGUAGGUUUAUUUGAACAGUGAGAGACAGAAUAACAACAACAAAAUCCAGAAAAACGCAUGUCAAAAAUUUUAUAAAUUGAUUUGCAUUUUAAUGAGGGAAAUAAGUAUUUGACCCCCUCUCAAGCAUAAAUAUUUCUGGCUCCCAGGUGACUUUUAUACAGGUAACGAGCUGAUUAGGAGCACACUCUUAAAGGCAGUGCUCCUAAUCUCAGCUUGUUACCCGUAUAAAAGACACCUGUCUACAGAAGCAAUCAAUCAAUCAGAUUCCAAACUCUCCACCAUGGCCAAGACCAAAGAGCUCUCCAAGGAUGUCAGGGACAAGAUUGUAGACCUACACAAGGCUGGAAUGGGCUACAAGACCAUCGCCAAGCAGCUUGGUUAGAAGGUGACAACAGUUGGUGCGAUUAUUCGCAAAUGGAAGAAACACAAAAGACCUGUCAAUCUCCCUCGGCCUGGGGCUCCAUGCAAGAUCUCACCUCGUGGAGUUGCAAUGAUCAUGAGAACGGUGAGGAAUCAGCCCAGAACUACACGGGAGGAUCUUGUCAAUGAUCUCAAGGCAGCUGGGACCAUAGUCACCAAGAAAACAAUUGGUAACAGACUACGCCGUGAAGGACUGAAAUCCUGCAGCGCCCGCAAGGUCCCCCUGCUCAAGAAAGCACAUAUACAUGCCCGUCUGAAGUUUGCCAAUGAACAUCUGAAUGAUUCAGAGGAGAACUGGGUGAAAGUGUUGUGGUCAGAUGAGACCAAAAUCGAGCUCUUUGGCAUCAACUCAACUCGCCGUGUUUAGAGCAGGAGGAAUGCUGCCUAUGACCCCAAGAACACCAUCCCCACCGUCAAACAUGGAGGUGGAAACAUUAUGCUUUGGGGGUGUUUUUCUGCUAAGGGGACAGGACAACUUCACCGCAUCAAAGGGACGAUGGACAGGGCCAUGUACUGUCAAAUUGAAAAGGGGUAGUGGAUGGGUAUUCCAGCAUGACAAUGACCCAAAACACACGGCCAAGGCAACAAAGGAGUGGCUCAAGAAGAAGCACAUUAAGGUCCUGGAGUGGCCUAGCCAGUCUCCAGACCUUAAUCCCAUAGAAAAUCUGUGGAGGGAGCUGAAGGUUUGAGUUGCCAAACGUCAGCCUCGAAACCUUAAUGACUUGGAGAAGAUCUACAAAGAGGAGUGGAACAAAAUCCCUCCUGAGAUGGGUGCAAACCUGGUGGCCAACUACAAGAAACGUCUGACCUCUGUGAUUGCCAACAAGGGUUUUGCCACCAAGUACUAAGUCAUGUUUUGCAGAGGGAUCAAAUACUUUUUUCCCUCACUGUAAGCAUUCACACCCCUUUGCUAUGACAGUCCAAAUUGAGCUCAGGUGCAUCCAAUUUCCUUUGAUCAUCCUUGACACGUCACUACAACUUCAUUGGAGUCCACCUGUGGCCAAUUUAAUUGUUUGGACAUAAUUUAGAAAGAAACACACCUGUCAUUAUAAGGUUCCACAGUUGACAGUGCAUGUCAGAGCAGAAUCUAUACCAUGAAGUCCAAUGAACUGUCUGUAGAUCUCCAAGAUAGAAUUGUGAUGAAGCAUAUAUCUGGGGAAGGGUAUAAAACAAUUUCUAGUGUUGAAAGUUUCCAAGAGCACAGUGGUCUCCAUCAUUGGGAAAUUUAAAGAAUAUGGAACUACCCAGACUCUGCCUAGAGCUGGCCGUCCGACCAAACUGAGCAACCGGGAAAUACUAUGAGAGCAUAAUGAAAAUGAUUCUGUGGUCUGAUGAGACAAAAAAUUUAACUUUUUGUCCUGAAUGCAAAGCCCUAUGUCUGGAGAAAACAAGGCACAGCUCAUCACCGGUCUAACACCAUCCCUACAGUGAAGCAUGGUGGUGGCAGCAGCAUGCUAUGGGGAUGCUUUUCAGCAGCAGGGACUGGGAGACAGGUAAAGAUAGAGGGAACAAUGAAUGAAGCCAAAUACAGGCAAAUCCUUGAUGAGAACCUGCUUCAGAGUGCAAACGACCUUAGACCGGGGCGAAGAUUUAUGUUCCAACAGGACAAUGACCCCAAGCAUACAGCCAAAGCAACGCUGGAAUGGCUUCAGAACAAGAAUGUGAAAGUCCUUGAGUGGACCAGCCAAAGGCUAGACUUGAAUCCCAUUGAAAAUCUGUGGUAAGACUUAAAGAUUACUGUUCACCGCCGCUCCCCAUCUAACUUAACAGAGCUUGAGAAAGUCUGCAAAAUCUCAAAAUCCAGAUGUUCAAAGCUGAUACAGACAUACCCAAGACAACUCAAAGCUGUAAUCGCUGCCAAAGGUGCUUCUACAAAGUAUUGACUCAGGGGUUUGAAUAUGUAUGUAAAUUAGAUAUUUCUGUAUUUCAUUUUCAAUAAAUGUGCAAACAUUUCUAAAAUCAUGUUUUCACUUGGUCAUUAUGGGGUAUCGUGUGUAGAUGGGUGAGGAAGAAAGGCUGUAACCCAACAAAAUGUGGAAUAAGUCAAGGGGUAUGAAUACUUUUUAAAGGCACUGUAUGUGGUAUAUAUUUAUAUUGUUCAUUAGAUUACAUUAUAACAUGGUCUAUCACUAUCAAUUUGAACAUGGCUCCAAUGGGAAACAGACUUUCGGGAGCCACUGUUGAAACACAGGGAUUAUGCAGUGCAGUCUAUCAACUGUCCCAUUUAUCAGUAGCAAAACUCUGUUUUAAAUUCCCAAUAUCUGCCUUACACGUUGUGAGCGCUCAUGCUUAAAGCUCUAUUGUGCAGUCUAUGUGAUGUACUCAGCCUAACCUGCAAUUUCAUGCUUGUUUAUUUUUCUAGAUUCGAUGCAUACUGUUGCUUUAGCUCAACCAAUUCAAUGUAAAGGCUUUUACCCCCUGCAAUGUGUUCGUUAAAAUUCAAGAUCAAUGACAAAAAAUGUUGGACAGGUACCUCUUUUACAGGUGCAUCAGAGGAAUGAAGACAGUAUAUGGAUAUUUGUAUACUUGUAUUUUUGUAACAGGUGUUGUGUCAAAUCUAAUUAUGAUGCACAGUGUUAAACUGAAGGAGUGGCAUUGAACAUUUAUUUAAAUUGGGAGAAAAAGUCCCAUGGCUUUGGAAUUAGUAUGGUGUUGUUUUUUGUAUUUUAAUUAUAUUUUAGAUCAUAUACUUACAACCCAACCCUGAUUGUUGAUGCUACCGAAUAUUUGUCCAGGCUGACAUUUUGUGUUUGGCUGUCCUCAGCUGUGGGUGAACCAACAGGAGAGCACGGCGGUAGAGACAGUUGAAGGGGCUAGCCCCAGCCCCAGUGAGGUCCAGAACGGCCAUGCGGACGCCAGCCCCAGCAGCAGUGACUGCCUCUGCCUGGGCCAGCCCGCCCAGGAUAGAGACCAGAUGAGGGCCAACAUAAUCAAUGAGAUCAUGAGCACAGAGCGUCACUACAUCAAACACCUGAAGGACAUAUGUGAGGUAGGCUUGGCUGGCUAGAGGACAUCUUCCAGAGACUGAAGGGCAUAUGUGAGGCAGAGGUUAUAGACAAUUACCUUGUUUUAGAUCAUUAUCCAACCACUAUUCAAAGCAAGAAAAGCCAGGUUACUAGUGAUGAUCCAAUAUGAAAUAUGAAGGUUGAAGAAGUUUCUUUAUAUUUAUAUUUAUGCAGUACAGUGCUUCCCGUGUCCCUCAAAGGCAAACUUCAGUCAAUGGUGUUCUAACCUAACGUAGCAGGGCAUGCGUAAAAUAAACGCCUGAGCGGCGUUUCUUUCUUUCUGGUCCUGACGAGAGAAAUAAAACUGUCGGGAGAGGUUAUCUUCUGCACUGUUGAACCAAUCCAGUAAAUGCGGAGGAGGAGUUAAGAUGGAGUGUCGCCUUUUUAUCGUCCAAUAGCGGAAGUCGCGUCACAGGCUCUCUUUCUACUUCCCCUGAAAACCGGAUGCAUCCGGUGGUUCCGACCCCGCAGAGGAUGAUGGUGUUCUAAAGAGUAGUGACAUGGCUACAGUGUUUUAGUGAGAGAUUAGAAGUGAUGACUGGGGAUGCUGACCUGUAAGUGCUGGUGCUGGGCUCAGAAAUGGCAUCCCUCCCAUCACACUGCACUCUUCCCCAGCAUAUAUAGUAACAAGCACGCCAUAUAUUUCACGCUCCGCCUGUCUCUGUCAAACAAUGCACCCAGGAGAGUACAUGAAAAAGUACUCAAAAAGCUCUUAUCUGAUCUAUGACUUUUUAAAUCCGUUUUCCCUCUGUUUCCACAGAAAUAUUACAUAAUCACAACUGAAAAUUACGCAGAGAAAAAAAAAGUGUUUAAGCAACAUCACAUGGCAAAUCGUAAUGUGUAGGUGACUGGGUAUUGAAGUGUGAUGGGUCCCUUAAGUGUGAAACUAUAUGAUUUUUCAUGAAUGAUUUGAAAUGUUAUCGGAGAAAUAAGCUCCCACAGAGGGGAUGAGUUACAUAACUGAGACUCUUGCUUAUAGAGCUGUAGCCAUUUUCCCUGCCUUUAUUUGAAUAAAUAAUGACUAUGAUGCAAUCAUUGGCACUGAUGCCUUUUUUAAAGCUAACACAAAACUAUUUAAAUGCCCUACAGGUAAAACAUUUUUUCAGAUGCCAUGAAACAUCAAUGCAAUACUAUCCUUUGAAAUGCAAUAGCUAAUAUUGGAUCGAAACAAAACAUUUAUUUCUUAUUUUCUUUGCUGCGUCAGGGUUACUUCCGGCAAUGUAAAAAAAGAAGAGACAUGUUCAACGACGACCAGUUGAGGGUCAUAUUUGGGAACAUUGAAGAUAUCUACAGGUUUCAAAUGGGCUUCGUCAGAGACCUGGAGAAGCAGUACAAUACAGAAGAACCUCAUCUCAGUGAAAUAGGUCCCUGCUUCCUAGAGCAUGUAAGCAUUUUUGUAUCUCUCAGGAUUUCAAGUGUUUUUUAAAUGUAAUCUCUCACAAUAGAUUUGAGUAAACCUUGUGUAUCAUACGUACAUGCCCAUUUUCUCAUCCUUUGUCAUACAUCUGAGAACCUUGAUGAUGGGAGUUCCCUUUGGUUAUUAGUUUCAAUGGCAACUUCAACUUUUGUGAACUCCUAAAAAUAUAAACAUUUGUAGCUUGUUUCUGCAUUUCAGACAUACUGUACACAUUUAUCUGUUUACAGCAAGAUGGCUUUUGGAUAUAUUCGGAGUACUGCAACAACCACGUGGAUGCCUGCAUGGAGCUCUCUCGGCUGAUGAAGGAUGGCCGCUAUCAGCACUUCUUCGAGGCGUGUCGCCUGGUGCAGCAGAUGAUUGACAUCGCCAUUGAUGGCUUCCUGCUCACGCCCGUCCAGAAGAUCUGCAAGUACCCUCUGCAGCUGGCAGAGCUGCUCAAGUAUACUGUCCAGGAGCAUAGGUACCUGUCCCUCAGCCUCAAUGUCACAUCAAAGAUUUACAUUCACCUCUGUGUUAUGAUGGAUGUUUCUACUGAUAAAGAUCCUUCUGGAAUGAAUGGUCCUUUUUGCUCUCAGGCUAGUUGUAGGAGACAUGAGGGUGCCAUGAGGGUGUGAGGAUCCUAGACGUGGAUGCUAAACUAAAAGUAUUUUGUGAAGUGAAGUCUAUGAUAGAGACGUGGCACAGUUUGCAUGCCUGACUAUCUACAGUACUAUGGUUAACCUUGUAUUCCUUAUUUUUAUUAAGUCACCACCCCUGUAACACUGUGUCAUCCUCCCUUCCUCUUGUAGUGACUACCGUUAUGUCGCUGCAGCGCUGGCCGUAAUGCGGAAUGUCACUCAGCAGAUUAACGAGCGGAAGCGUCGCCUGGAAAACAUUGACAAGAUAGCACAGUGGCAGGCGUCUGUGCUGGACUGGGAGGUAGGGCUGAGACAGGGUGACAGGGCUGAGGAACGAACAAGUACUGUGGGACAAGAAUACACCAUGCCGCUUUAGUUUAAUGUUUUGCUCUGUCAACUCACUCCUUUGCUACUGCACUAGUUUGUGUAGGUCAGAGUUUGUAUUUUACAAUGCACCUAUUUUGAUAAGCUGUCACGUAGAGCCUAUGUGAAGGCUUGCAGAGGCAAGAAGUUGUUGUUUAUUUUUUUAAAGGAAAAUAUAUCUCUCCAAUCUCUCCUUUUGGAACAUUACUCUUUUGAUGAAAUAAGAAAACACAGGGCGUUUUGAAGCACUCCAUUUCGUCAGGAUGAAGCUAGUCAGGAGUGAGAAGAGGAAGUGGAUGGAUCUGUGUUGCUAGACUAGAACCUGUAUUUGAUGCGAGAGUGAGAGAGCUAGCGUUAUCAGAUCACUCUGACCUAGUUGAAGAGAGUUUUUCACUGAGGUACUGUAAUUAUGUCAAGUUCAAUUUUUUUUAAACCCACCAGAGUUUUACUUUGUCACUAUUUAUGUAUUUGAUUCUUCUCUUAUGAUCUAAAGAGUCAACGUUAAUGAGAUGAAGCCUGUCUUACCAGUCAGUAUCUUAUCAGCCACUUUUCUAAUUUCAUAAGCAUAAAAGGAUUCGGUUUUGAUGACUAUGUAUCACAGACUAUUAUUGAUCCUGUUUAAAGAUCUGACCGUCUUGUAUUUCUCUGUGCAGGGGGAUGAUAUUCUAGACAGGAGUUCAGAGUUGGUCUACACUGGGGAGAUGUCAUGGAUCUACCAGCCAUAUGGGCGGAGUCAGACCAGGGUCUUCUUCCUGUUCGACCAUCAAAUGGUUCUGUGUAAAAAGGUAAGGUGGCCACAUCUGGGUCACAAAUGCUAUUUAAUUGAUCGAAACCAGUCUUGGCACACCCAGGUGCUUAUGUAACUCCUCUCUUUUGCAGACAGUUGGCAUGAAUUAGCUUAAAAUCUGAUCCAUUGAUCAAUUUGUUUGUGAAUAAAACAUGGCAGCAAAAUCAGUAGGUGUGUUUCUACCUCCCAGGUUCAAGGCGAAUGAAGGUCACUGCUUGAAAAAGAGAGUCACGUCACCAGCUUAGUGUGCCUAAGGGGUAAUGAUUUAUUGUGCAAAACACAAAGUCACAGGAUUGGAAGAGAAAAUGCUUAGCCUCAGCAGUGUGGUGACAGAGACAGAGCUUUAGGACAGUAUGACUACAGUUUUUAUGACCAAACAGGCUUGUUUGAUAGUUUAUAUGACAGCAAUUCUUCUUUACUCCCCAAUACCAACAAGACUUUUGAGUCAUAUUCACAAAACUCUACAACUAUGAAAAAAAGAAGCAUCUCAAGAAAAAAAUAUGAAGUUCUUAAAUGCAUCCAAGAGCUCAAAAUGUCUUGAGAGAUUCUCAAAUGUCAUGUUAAGAAAUUCUAAAUGAAUGAAGUGUUUAGCUCUUAAACCCUCAAUCAAUCCCAUUCUUUAGGUACGUGUCUUAUUAAAAGCUUAGUCAUUCAAAUAUGAUGGUAGCUCUCACAAACUUGUAGCUUGAAAUGAAAAUUGUCACGAUCGUCAUACACAGUGGACCAAUGCGCAGCGUGAUAAGUGAACAUACUUUUAUUUAGAUUCACCACACGAACAAAACAACAAAACGAUAACGUGAAGUCCUUGGUUACAAUACAAAACCAACACGGAACAAGAUCCCACAAAACACUGUGGAAAACAGGCUGCCUAAGUAUGGUUCCCAAUCAGAGACAACAAGCAACAGCUGAUACUCGUUGCCUCUGAUUGAGAACCACCCCGGCCAACACAGAAACACAUGAGCUAGAUAAUCAACCUAGAACACAAAACACAUAGAAACAACACACCCUGGCUCAACAUAACAGAGUCCCAGAGCCAGGGCGUGACAGUACCCCCCCCCCCAAAGGCGCGGACUGCGACCGCGCCAAACAUAAACCGAACAGGGGAGGGCCGGGUGGGCAUUCCUCCUCGGAGGCGGUUCCGGCUCCGGGCUUGACCACCACCCUCCGUAGCGCCCCUGGUCCGGUCUGGCCCCGCUGGCUGGAGCUGGACUGGACAUCGGUGGAGCGGAUUGCUUAGGCUCCGAUGUGGAGCAGCUGACCGGUACCUGACCAGGCACCGGUGACCCAGGCACGGGCUGUGCCGGACUGACGACGCGCACCACAGGCUUGGUGCGGGGAGCCGGAACGGGCCGGACCGGGUUGACGACGCACACCACAGGCUUGGUGCGGGGAGCAGGGACGGGCCGAACCGGGCUGACGAAGCGCACUACAGGCUUGGUGCGGGGAACAGGAACAGGCCGGGCCGGGCUGGCGACGCGCACCAUUGGCUUGGUGCGGGGAGCAGGAACAGGCCGGGCCGGGCUGGCGACGCGCACCAUUGGCUUGGUGCGGGGAGCAGGAACAGGCCGGGCCGGGCUGGCGACGCGCACCAUUGGCUUGGUGAGGGGAGCAGGGACGGGCCGAACCGGGCUGACGAAGCGCACCAUUGGCUUGGUGCGGGGAACAGGCCGGGCCGGGCUGGCGACGCGCACCAUUGGCUUGGUGUGGGGAGCAGGAACAGGCCGGGCCGGGCUGGCGACGCGCAUCAUUGGCUUGGCGCGAGAGGCAGGAACAGGCCGUACCGGGCUGGCGACGUGCAUCACAGGCUUGGUGCGAGGGACAAGAACAGGCCGGACCGCACUGGGAACACACACCACUGGCCUUACCCGGGGAUCAGGAACGGGCCGGACCGGACUGGCAACACACCUCAGUACCUCUCGCCGUGCCUCUACAUUUUCCUUCCCUCUACUCGCCAAUGGCUCCCGUAACCCGGUGGCCUUCUCUCCUCGUCCACUACCUCGCCCCUUAUCUGCCUCCAGCAGUCCCGUCGUCCACGGUGUGAGCCCCCCACUAAAAAUGUAUUGGGUUCGUCUCUCCCCCGUGGCUAUGGCCUCCAUGGCUCUCGCCAGACUCUCCAGCCUCUGCUCCCAAGUCCAACCUCUCUCCUCCUCACGCGGCUUGACCCAGUCGAGGUUGAUAUCCAUUAGAGUCCUCUCUGGCGUUGGCUCCUGGACACGCUGCUUGACCCAGUCGAGGUGGACAUCCAUUAGAUUCACCUCUGGCGUUGGCUCCUGGACACGCUGCUUGGUCCAGUUAUGGUGGGAUCUUCUGUCACGAUCGUCAUACACAGUGGACCAAUGCGCAGCGUGAUAAGUGAACAUACUUUUAUUUAGAUUCACCACACGAACAAAACAACAAAACGAUAACGUGAAGUCCUUGGUUACAAUACAAAACCAACACGGAACAAGAUCCCACAAAAUACUGUGGAAAACAGGCUGCCUAAGUAUGGUUCCCAAUCAGAGACAACAAGCAACAGCUGAUACUCGUUGCCUCUGAUUGAGAACCACCCCGGCCAACACAGAAACACAUGAGCUAGAUAAUCAACCUAGAACACAAAACACAUAGAAACAACACACCCUGGCUCAACAUAACAGAGUCCCAGAGCCAGGGCGUGACAGAAAAUGGUCAGGAACACAAUUCUUUAAUUCAGCUCCUGAAAUGGAAUUAACCUUGUUGUACAGAAUAUUAUGUCCCUUGAUGUAACAGAACUGGAUGGAUAUACUGUACAUCCCUAGUCAUCCCUAGUCAUCCCUAGUCAUCCCUAGUCAUCCCUGCUUGUCUGUGAGGUCUUAUCUUUGAUCUCCCUCCCCUUAGCACUGUGAUUGAUUCCUGCUUCUGACGUGGAUGACAACAAUGUUGUUACAUAAGAGAGGCCGUCAUGUCCAAAGAGAAGUGAGGGGUAGCUGACAGGCUUCAGUACAGUACACAGGGCUGUUGUGGCUCUCAGAGUUUACCGCUGGCAGCUGGGACAAGUGUGAUGCAAGCUCUCAGAGGGGAAAGGAAUACAGGAGUACGCAGCAGCAUCACUAAUGGGGACGGGACGCCUGGAAUCUGGAGCAGCUGCUUACAGCAAAGUGCAUUAUUCAUCAGGGUGAUUCCAUGGACCCCUGUCUGUCACAGGGAAAUUGAUAGGCUGCAAUUAGUCAAAAUGCACUUAUUUCUUCCUGGCUGCCAGGAAUUCAAGCCUUUUCAUUUCCUGUCUGUCACCUGGGUUUCGCAGUGCCUUUCUAGUGUUCAAAGCACUAGUGUAGAUGAUUCAAAGUAAAUUAGAAUCGUCUCUCUACUUUAUUUUUCCUUUCCCUUCUACUCCUCCCUCCCCUCCUUUUCCCUCAGGACUUGAUACGACGAGACAUUCUGUACUACAAGGGCCGCAUCGAUAUGGACAGGUACAAUGUAGUUGAUGCCGUCGAUGGGCGGGAUGAUGACUUCAACGUGAGUGUGAAGAACGCGUUCAAGCUGAGUAAUAAGGACUCAGAUGAGAUCCACAUCUUCCUGGCCAAGAAGCUGGAGGAGAAACUUCGCUGGCUCAGAGCUUUCCAUGAGGAACGCAAGAUGGUGCAAGAGGAUGAAAAAAUAGGUGUGUAUGUGAAAGAAAUGGUAAUUAAAUCAAAUUGUAUUUGUCACAUGCGCCGAAUACAAGAUGUGUAGACCUUACAGUGAAAUGUUUACUUACAAGCCCUUAACCAACAAUGCAGUUUUAAGAAAAAUAAGUGUUAAGUAAAAAAUAGAUAUGUAAAAAAUAAAAAAAUAAAAAAAAAUUAAAGAGCAGCAGUAAAAUAACAGUAGCGAGGCUAUAUACAGGGUGUACCGGUACAGAGUCAAUGUGCGGGGGCACAGGUUUGCACAACAUAAAUGAAAAUGGUAAAUGAAAAUAAUAAUAAUUUAUAUAUUUCAGGGUUUGAGAUAUCAGAGUAUCAGAAGCGGCAAGCGGCAAUGACAGUGCGAAGAAUGACCAAACAGAAAGGUAAAUACACACUUAACCAAGUUUUGCUAACAAUGUCUGUUUUUAGUCCAUCUAUAGUGCAUCUCUCUCCUCUUCCUUAAUAUCUCUCUCCUCCCAAAUUUUAGGCCAUAGGUCUGUGCCGCCUGGAUACCCCCCUCCUAUGGACCCCAUGAAUCCAGGACAGUACUUGGUAGGAGACAGCAUGGAACAAUCAGAAUUUGAAUUCCCUGAACCUGAAAGGUGCAAGUCUCCCUUCUGGCAGAGCUUCAGC